AGGCAGCAGCGCCUUCCCGGCGGGGUCUUUCUGGCCUGUUUUUUUACUUUCGUCCCAGUGAAUUUGGAGCAGCUUUGCUUUGCAUUUGACCCCCGUCGCUGUUGGAGUGGCCGGCUGUCCCGCAGAGCCGCCCCGGCCCGCUUGGGGCUUCCUCAGGUGUUGCAGCCCGCGGGGCGCGGAUCCGGCCGGAGGAGCGGCGGGAGCGGCACCAUGCCUGCCAGCUUCUCCGGGCGCUGCCUGGUGUGCCUGCUGCUGCUGCUCUGCACCAGCUUCUCGGGCGGGAACCCUGCAGAUCCAGCUAUGACAACACAAGAUUCCAAUCAGACUCAGGUCAAUUCCGUAACUAAGAUGCAACCUGGACAUGACUCAUCUGGUCCUGAUGCUGCCACACAAGAGCUCAAGCCAGCAAGCAAGCAGAACACUAACAUCUCAGAGUAUGAGAUUGUCCUACCUGGUGUGUCUGAAAAAAAUAUCUCUUUGGCCAAUCCAACUAAAGUUGAACUUACAUGCAAAUUAGAUGAGAAUUCCAAUCUGAAAAAUCCUCAGGUGACUUGGAAAAAGGGAAGUGAAACAAUCAGUCACACCAGUAAAACUCAGAACAGCUGGACCAUUGAAUUGACCAUCUCAGGGAGCCGUGAGCUGGGAAGUUACACUUGUAUUCUGAAGGCUGAAAAAGAAGUCAGUGCUACGUUUCAUUUGCAUGUACCAAUCAUUGAUGGAAGAGAAAAACCCAUAAUCUCUUAUGAAGGAGAUAUAGCUGUAAUGGUUUGUACAACUGUGUAUAAUCCCAAGGCCUGGGCCUGGUAUAUGACCAAUGGAACUGAGCUGGUUUCCAUUGAUAAGAUGUUACCUGUGGACAAGUUUCGAAUUAAGAGUCCAUCUGUUAGUAUAAACCGUUUGGAGGUAGUCAAGCUCACCAGGGAAGAUUGUGGUGUAUAUUGGUGUGAAGCUGCUUUUGAAUUAGGGCCCAGUAAAUCAAGGUUUGAACUUAGAGUUCUGUCCAUCGCAGCACCUCUCAAGCCCUUUGUAGCAGUUGUGGCUGAAGUUGCUAUUCUUUUAACUACUAUUGUCCUCUAUGAGGUGUAUUCGAAAAGGAAAGCAAAAGGAGAUGAAAAACAGUUUGACCAAACUGAGAAACUGUCAGAAGACAACGUAACUGGGACACGCAAGUAG